GUCACGACCAACCAUCCUCGUCCCCAGGGAGCCCAGAGUUACUGCUGGCACGCUUACGAGCACAUAUAAUUAACGAACAUGUCAGCUCAGGUAUUCCGAGCUGUGCGAGACAGGCUUAGGUCACGGAGAGCUCCUAUAGCUGAGGACCAUGGAGGCGGUCCAAGCAAUUCCGAGCUUCACGUAUGGCUUCGCAUUCCCCACAUCUUGGACGCCAUCUGUGCCUAUGUCAAUGACGAUUCAUCCCUUGCGCGUUUGGCAAGAGUCUGCAGGGCAUUCAACGAACCAGCACUUAGUGUCUUGUAUGCUCACAUCGAAGAUAUCCUCCUUUUCCUCCAGUGUCUCCCUCGGGACCUAUGGACAAUCAAGGGCCUCAAGAAGUAUAAGAAAUACAAAGAACUUCGUUUCCGUCGAAAGAUGACGCAGAGAGACUGGGACAUCUUCGCAGUCAAGGCGGCCAGGGUCAAGGCCCUGGGGCCGCCGUUGUCCAACCCUUAUCGCGGCCUUCAUUGCGCACCAAGAUAUGACAAUGACCCCACAGGCGUGCUAUUUGUGCCUCACGAUAGUGUUUUGGACGCACUCACGAAGCGUCCUAUUCCAAUACUGUUCCCAAAUUUGCGAGUGCUCACAGGCGCCCUCCCAAACCCACUGUUUUCCGCUUUGCUGUCGCCCCAGCUUCGGCACUUGGAUGUCACACACGAGAACAUGGAAGUGUUCCUCAACAACGAGCCCUCACUCCCAGUUCUCUGUCCGUCGAUUGAGUCGCUCCAUAUCUUGACAUUCACGGGAGACGUCGAGAAGCCUUUCCCUACACCCCGCUUUAUUCCUCAGUGGAGUUCCCUUCGUUCCCUCACUGGCAGUUUCUGCGUUGACUCAGCACUGUUGGACUACCUCAGAGGGUGCCAGAAUCUUGACAAGCUAGAACUGUUUCCUUGAUGGUCCUUAUCACUCUAUGGUGGUAACCAAAUGCUAGCUCCGAGAGGUGGACUCGCUUACGCUUGCUUGAUGCCAAUUUUUGAGAGGAUGUAUCAGAUGCCCAUGAUCUCCUGUUCUACCGGUGGCGCAGCAGCCCUCCAAUUCGUACGGAUGCUGCAAAUCCGAAGCUGUGUACAAGAAUCUGCACCGUCCUCACAUCUGGUGUCGCCUCUGUCCCAGCUCAUCUCUCAUUCUGAUCUCCAGUCAGUCCAUAUCACUCACAAAUGCAAACGCUCCAAUGGCAACUAUCCUGCGUUAUUUGAGGGCCUCCGCUGCUUAUCUGUGUUCCACAACCUCACGUCAUUCAGCGUUGAAGCUGAAACCCUUUAUCCGGCCGAAGACAAGCUCAGCGGUGCCCAGCUCGGCAAGCUCGUCUCGUGCUGGCCUCGUCUUGAGACCCUGCGUGUAGUCGUCCGCGUGAUUUCAACACAAAUUUUGACGUCCUCGACCUCAUCAUAAUUCUGCGUGUGUGCCCGACCCUCGAAAACGUUCUCGUGAAUGUUUUGGUGAGGCCAGACGAUGUAUCGGUGAUGUUUUCAAUACUCGACGAGUUUGAUUGCUUCGAGGACUUGGUGUGCUUAUGCCUGGAGCAUUAUCCGGCGCGAAAAAAGGACGUGGAGUCUGUAGCACUCCUUCUUGCCAACCAUGCUCCGCAUUUGGCUCGCAUGCACACGGAGGGUCGAGUUCAACGGGAGUUUUGGUAAAAAGCAGCGAUGGAACAGCGCCGAAGCGCGAACACUGAAGGUCGGACAAUCAAUGAUAGGACGAGGGUGUAUUCUGGAUGCGAAGGAGAGGAGAUACAGGAGAGCGUAGAUCAGGAGAUAAUCUAACUACUGAGCGAGCGAGCAGGUAUAAAACAGAAAGAGCAACAGAAUAUCAUAGGCGUCGUAUCGAGUAAUCUGCGUAGCAAGAAUACGAGAUAGAAAUAGAAAGG